AAAAUUCUGUACUCAAAUUAUUAUAAUGCAAAUUUGUGUAUGUUAAAACUUUCAUUUCUGCAGUCUAUGGCUUCACUAGAUUAUUUGUCCUUGCCGGAAAAGUGCUUUUACUUCUGCUUCUGCUUUGGCUUUCUUCCAUUAUCGUCAGCUGAGCUUUGGCAGUUUCAACACUCUGUUAAAGCUGAUGGGUCUCUUAGCUUUUUGGUCAUUGGAGAUUGGGGAAGAAGAGGAGCUUAUAAUCAAUCUCAAGUUGCAUUUCAGAUGGGAAGGAUUGGAGAAGAUUUAAAUAUAGAUUUUGUGGCGUCAACCGGAGACAAUUUCUACGACGAUGGACUGAAAAGCAUAAAUGACCUAUUAUUUCAAGAGUCAUUUACUCAAAUCUACACCGCUAGUAGUCUCCAAAAGCAAUGGUAUAAUGUAUUAGGCAACCAUGAUUACAGGGGCAAUGUGGAGGCCCAAUUGAGCCCAAUUUUGAGGAUGAUGGACUCCCGAUGGCUUUGCCUGAGAAAUUUUGUUGUUCAAACAGAAAUUGCUGAUUUUUUCUUUGUGGACACAACUCCAUUCGUGGAUAAGUACUUCUUGAAGCCAAACAAACACACUUAUGAUUGGAGAGGAAUAAUUCCCAGGAAGAAAUAUCUCACAAAACUUUUACGGGAUGUAGAAUUAGCAAUGAGGAAAUCAGCUGCAAAUUGGAAGAUUGUGGUUGGGCAUCAUACUAUUAGAAGCAUUGGGCAUCAUGCUGACACCAAGGAGCUAGUACAACACCUUCUACCAAUACUUGAGGCCAACAAUGCUGAUAUGUACAUAAAUGGCCAUGACCAUUGCUUGCAACAUAUAAGUAGCACUAGAAGCCCAAUUCAAUUCUUGACUAGUGGAGGAGGAUCAAAGGCAUGGAAAGGUGAGAUUGAUAAAAGGAACCGAAAUGGAACAAGAUUUUAUUAUGAUGGUCAGGGGUUCAUGUCUAUACAACUCACAGAGGCUGAAGCAAGGAUCAUAUUUUAUGAUGUUUUUGGUAGAGCUCUACACAAUUUAAAUCUAUUCAAGCAGCUCAAUUCUGCAAUGUAAUGAUUAUGAAUAUGUAAUGACAGUGUUUUCACUUAAUAGAAUAAUUUGGAUCCGCUCCUCAUCUAGACUUACUGAAUUGAAGAAACUUGUAACACAUAUGAUCCAGGAUGUUAUGUAAAUUUCAUAUGAAAAGAAGCAUAACCGUAAGAGCACAAAUUCAAGCA